AUGCCGCCAAACUUCCUCGGCUCGCUCCCGGCUGAGCUUACGCUUGAGAUCGCCAAGUACCUGGAACGAGAUGAACGGCACGUAACAGAACACGAAAUCAAAGCAGCGAGAUUAGCAGAAGUGCUUGCUGUCCUCUUGAAACAUAUCGAGGGAAAGCCGAAAACCUGGAGUGGCCAUGAAAAGCUCAUGAACGAGCUCACCUACAUCUUCGUGUUUGUCAGCAUCGGUUCGGAUAACGGCUCUUCUAUUUUUGAGCUUCCUAUGCAUCAGGUUCUCAGGGUUACUGAGCUGCUCUUUGGAAAUGGUGGAGAUGUCAACAGUAUGAUGGAGAAUGAGCACACUGGAUCAGCCUUCCUCGAUCUGGUUGUAGGCUCCUGGAAACCUAAGAUUCUAAGCCUCUGCUUCACCUAUGGCGCCGAUCCUUUGAACGAGUCAAACGGACGAACUCUGCUACAUAGAUGUAUCAAAUCAUCCGUGGAGUAUUGA